CAGCCCCCCCCCCCAACUCCCGUUGCCCCGGCAACAGCGCCUCCCCUAGGCCCCGCCCCUUUCCGCUGACCACGCCCACUUCUCAUUAACCCCGCCCCCUUUCCGGCUCCCUUUGUGGCAGGAAGCCGCUGCCGCCCGUGGCUCCCUUUGUGGCAGCCGCCAUGGCGGCCGAGCGGGCUCCGCCGGCCCGGGCCCAACCUCCUCCCCCCGGCCCCGCUCCCGGCCCCGCUCCGGGCCCCGCUCCGGGCCCCGAGCCCGCGGCACGAACCGGCCUCAGCUUGCCGGGCAUCCUGCACUUCAUCCAGCACGAGUGGGCGCGGUUCGAGGCGGAGAAAGGGCGCUGGGAAGCGGAGAGGGCCGAGCUGCAGGUAAUGGCGGCGGCGCUGCCCUCAUGAGGGGACGGGCGCUGAGGGGACAGCGGGGGGACGGCGGGGGGACGGC